GAAGGAAGUUGUUUAAGCAAAAGAUAUGGAGAAAGAGAGAUCAAAAGAGGAAGAAGUGAAGUACCGUGGUGUGAGAAAGAGACCGUGGGGUAAGUUUGGAGCAGAGAUCAGAGAUCCGACAAAACCUACGGGAAGACAAUGGUUGGGAACGUUUGACACUGCAGAAGAAGCAGCAAGAGCUUAUGAUCGUGCAGCCAUUGGUUUGAGGGGUGCUCUUGCCAUCCUUAAUUUCCCCGAUGAGUAUUACUCUCAUCUUCCUUUUCUAUUGUCGUCAAAUUCUUCUACUGUUGACAGUGGAAGUUCUUUUGCCCGAAAGGAAGUUAUUGAGUUCGAGUAUCUGGAUGACAAGGUCUUGGAGGAUCUUCUUGAGAUUGAAGAGAAGAGAAGGAAUAACAAAGAUUAAAAACUCAACUGCAUUUUUAUUCAUAUCUCAACUGAACCUGUGUUAUUGGGUUCAGCAUUGAUUCAAUUGUACACUGUAAGCUUCAAAAAUCUUGCAGUUAAUGCAACAAAAUCUUGAAAUAAUAGCAUAUGGGAAAGUUGUUGCUUCUAUUUGUUAAUGUAGUAGCAUUUGGCUCGUAGAUGCCACUCUGUUUCAGUAAG